UCCUGCUGUCUUCAACCUGCCAGUCCUGUACCAGGAGAGAAUAAAGCAGCUGGAGCAAAGAUUACGAGUGAAAGAAGAAAGAAUUACUGUACUAGAAACCGAGAAUGCUAUACUUCAUCUACGAUUGGCAGAGUUUCGGAGUCAGGAUGGAAAAAGUAGUCAUGAAAGUGUACAAAUUCUGCAACUUUAUAAGCAUGAAAAAACACUGAACACAAUUAUGCGGCAUACCAUUAUUCAGCUCCAGAGCUUAAUAAAGUGUUUCAAACAAAGCUUAAAAGAACUCAGAUCAUCUCUUUGUGAACAUAUGGAAGAACUGCAAUACCAGUGUAAACAGAGCCUUCAGUUACUUCUAAGUCAUGUUCAUAUAAUGAAAACGGAGAUGCACGUUUUGCACGAUAUUCAAACUAGAUAUAUAAUGCUUCAAGACUCUUUCCAAAAUGUAAAUGAAAAAUAUAAUAAAGAAAAGCAAAGAAGAAAAGAACUACACAACAACUUAAUUGAGCUAAAAGGAAACAUUCGAGUUCAUUGCAGAAUUCGACCUUUAUUACCUUUUGAUAAACAAAACAUUGCAAACCCACAUGACAGGGGAAAAAUCCAUCUGGGGCUCUACAACAUGAUCAAAGCUGUCAUGGAGCUAAAAGGAAACAUUCGAGUUCAUUGCAGAAUUCGACCUUUAUUACCUUUUGAUAAACAAAACAUUGCAAACCCACAUGACAGGCAUGGAAAUCUUUCAGAGGUUAUUUUUGCUGCUGAUGAUGAAACCCUUUUGCUGAAAAGCUGUAGAACUGGCUAUCCAAUCAAUGAAAAAAUUUAUAAUUUUGAAAGAGUAUUUCAUCCAUCGGAAUCUCAGAAUUCUGUAUUCCAAGAUGUGAGUCCCCUUAUUACUUCUGUAUUGGAUGGGUACAAUGUUUGCAUCAUGGCUUAUGGACAAACUGGAAGUGGGAAGACGUACACAAUGAUGGGUCCCCAUUGGGAAAAUGAAACUUCUAUUCUCAAUUCCAGCAACCAAGCACUUGGUAUAAUUCCAAGAGCAGCCGAAGAGCUCUUCAGGCUUAUACAGGAAAAACAGCAAAAAAGUCAUUUUGUAAAAGUUUCCAUUACUGAAGUAUAUAACAAUGAAGUUUUUGAUCUCCUGGCCCAAGAUGGAUCUGGCGUGUUGGGUGUAAAAUGUGAUGUAAUUACCACUAAAGAUGGAAAGACUGAGGUGCCAUCCCUGACACAUGAGGGUGUCAGAAAUGCUACAGAUGUAUUGGAUUUGGUAAAAAAGGGAUUGCAAUUGAGAGUUAAGCAUUCAACUUUAGUACAUGAUCACUCCUCUCGCUCACACUUGGUUGUUACUUUGACCAUUACGGCACAUUGUUCACAUUCUAUGGGAAUGGCUGGCAGUGUGAAGUCACAGAAACCACUCAAAACAAAAUUACAGCUAGUAGAUUUGGCUGGCAGCGAAUGUGUAGGUAUGUCUGGAGUGAAGGGAGCAGCCUUGAGAGAGACAUCUUUCAUUAAUCGCAGCUUAUCAGCCCUGUCAGAUGUCCUGGGAGCAUUAUCAGAACACUGCUCUCACAUCCCUUAUCGCAACAGUAGGCUUACACACCUGCUCCAAGACUCUAUUGGAGGAGAUGCAAAGCUUCUGUUAAUACUUUGUGUUUCGCCUUGUCAAAAGUUCACAGCGGAAUCACUGCAGACAUUAGGGUUUGGAACAAGAGCUCGUCAAGUGUCGAGGCCAUCAGCCAAGAAAAGAAAUCCAACUCUUUGUAAUAAAUCUAAGUAAAUUAUAGUGCAAAAAAUAACAAUUGAUGAAUCUAUUAUUAGAGAUUGUUAUGAUAACCCAAUAUGUAUUAAAAAAAAGCUGACUGUGAAAAUGUAUUGCAUAAUAUUAUUUAAUUGCUAUACAAGUUAUAAUAGAUGAAAAUUAUACAAUUACUGCCAAAUUCAAAGGCAUUCACUCUAUACUAGUACUUCUCUCUGCUACUUUUGAUAAGGCUUAUCACACUUUCCUUCCUGAAACCCAACAAAGCAUUGGUCUUCAUGACACUGUCCUUUCCUGUUUCACAUUUUACUUCUCUUAAAGGACCACUUCACACUUUCAAAUAAACCCCCCCCC